CUCUCUCUCUCUCUCUCUCUCUUUGUCUCUCGCUCUCUUUGUCUCUCUCUCUCUCUCUCCCUCUCUCUCUUUGUCUCUCUCUCUCUCUUUCUCUCUCUCUCUCUCUCUCUCUCCCUCUCUCUCUUUGUCUCUCUCUCUCUCUCUCUCCCUCUCUCUCUUUGUCUCUCUCUCUCCCUCUCUCUCUCUCUCUUUCUCUCUCUCUCUCUCUCUCUCUCCCUCUCUCUCUUUGUCUCUCUCUCUCUCUCUCUCUCCCUCUCUCUCUUUGUCUCUCUCUCUCCCUCUCUCUCUCUCUCUUUCUCUCUCUCUCUCUCUCUCUCUCUCUCUCUCUUUGUCUCUCUCUCUCCCUCUCUCUCUCUCUCUCUUUCUCUCUCUCUCUCUCUCUCUCUCCCUCUCUCUCUUUGUCUCUCUCUCUCUCUCUCUCUUUGUCUCUCUCUCUCUCCCUCUCUCUCUCUCUCUGUUCGUUCCGUCACAGCGUCGCUUGCUCUCACGCGCUGUUGCAUCGUCCUCGCGGCUUCAUCAAUUUACAGUUUUACUGAAAGAAUUUUGACGCAAAAUCGAAGUAGAUCCAGUUUAUUCUCCCUCCAGCUCGUCGUUGUCAAGCAAAAACAAGACGUUGCUUCUUGUUUGGAGAUUUUGAAUCACCAACUUUCAGCUCGAUAUUUUGCAGGAAGAGCGGGAAACACGGCACUGAGGCUGGACAGACCACAACCAAACAAUUUUCAUUUAGUAGGUUGCUUGAUUUUGACAGCAGACUGCUCGAGGUCCCCCCCCCCCUGCUGUCAGUAUGAGCGCGUGCAGCAGGAAAGCUCUGACUUUGCUGAGCAGCGUCUUUGCAAUCAGCGGCCUGGGGCUGCUGGGAGUUGCGGUCAGUACUGACUACUGGCUGUACCUGGAGGAGGGCAUCAUCACGCCUCUAAACCAGAGCACCGUCAUCAAGACCUCCCUGCACUCCGGCCUCUGGAGAGUCUGCUUCCUCACAGGUGAGGAGUCUGGCCGCUGCUUCACCAUCGCCUACAUCAUGCCAAUGAACGUCCAGCUUACGUCAGAGUCCACAGUCAACAUGCUCAAGAUGAUCCGCUCGACCACUCCGUUCCCUCUGGUCAGCCUCUUCUUCAUGUUCAUCGGCUUCGUCACCAACAACAUCGGGCACGUUCGGCCUCACCGCACCAUCCUGGCGUUUGUCUCUGGAAUCUUCUUCAUCCUCUCGGGUCUGGCUCUGGUGGUUGGUCUUGUGCUUUACAUCUCUAGUAUAAACGAUGAAAUGCUGAACAGGACAAAGAGCAGUGAGGCUUAUGUUAGCUACAAGUACGGCUGGUCCUUUGCCUUCGCCGCCAUCUCCUUCCUGCUCACUGAGAGUGCGGGCGUCAUGUCCGUCUACCUGUUCAUGAAGCGUUACACAUCAGAGCAGAUCUACCAGCCUCAACACCCCAGCUUCUACCGGCCUCGCCUCAGUAACUGCUCCGACCACUCGGGACAGUUCCUCCACCCUGAGGCCUGGUCCCGAGGGCGAAGUCCCUCCGACAUCUCGAGUGAUACUUCGCUCCAGAUGAGCAGCAGCUACCCCACUCUCCUCAAAUGUCCCGACUACGACCAGGUGUCCUCUUCGCCCUGCUGAGGGGUCGCAGAGGUCACCUGAAGAGGUCACUGCAGGAUCACAGAGGCCUGCUGCGGACUGCAGAGUUUUCCUUUAAGAAAAAAAGUACAGCUUAGAUACUUAACCUUAGCUUUAAUGAUUUACACAUGUGCAGCUGUGGCUUCACCGUGGCCUAAUGACUCUGAAAAUAAGUCCAGCUGAGACGUUUGUUGCUGUUUCUAGAGUCAGAGAUGUUUUUUUGGAUUUUAAUUGGUUGUUGCCGUAGCAGAAUCAACAUAUCGUCUAGGUAGAGGCAAGCUUUCCAUUCAAUACAGGGGCCAAAAAUAUAUAUCUAAAAAAGAGAGAAGAACCAAACAGAUCUUUUUAGUGCCAAUAACAUAACCAACACAU